UGUGUGUGUGUGCGCGCGCAUUUUAUAUCUCACUACAUCUUUGUUCAAUUCUCAGGAAACUGAUUCUGGUGUCACACUUCAGGUACACACCAGGAGAGUUCCCUCUGCCAUCGGAUAACCAAUCGGCAGACUUCUACAAACUGGCUGCAAGUAUGCUCUCAAAUGCAGGUUACAACCACUACGAAAUCAGCAGUUACUCCAAGAGUAGUUUCAAGUGCAAGCACAACCUCACCUACUGGGAGAACAAACCUUUCUAUGGUUUGGCCUUGGCUCCACCAGUUUCCUUGACGGUGUUAAGAUUUUCAAGGCCAAAGAAAAUGAAAAGAGUAAUGGGUUAUGUGCAAAAUUUGGAGGAUAGGAUUGUGGAGUAUCGAGAGGCCAGGCUAGUUGUUUUUAUGCCAAGGACAUGGUCAUGGAUUCUGUGAUGCUAUCUUUUAUAACUGCCAGAGGUUUGGACUUGAAGUCAUUCAAAGAAACAUUUGGUAGCUCUCUUGUUCACUCUCUUUGCAAGGCCUAUAGACCCUAUGUGGAAAGUGGGCAUGUGGUCUGUUUGGAUAGGCAUAGACGGGCUGUGACGAACGAACAGUUCUGCUCCUUGGUAUCUGAUGAGCAUGAGUAGAAGAUACAGAGGCCUUUAUUAGGGUAAGUGAUCCAGAUGGUUUCCUUCUAUCUAAUGACUUGAUAUCCCUUGCAUUCAGAGUCAUAGCUCCUUGAACUGAAAACGUAGGUAUUUGUCCAAAUUUGAAGUUUUGUGAAAGCGAUUAGAAGUUUUUGAGCCAUGUCUGAAGUAUUACACCAAUGUGAUGAAAAUUCAGUGUCCCAACAGCAAGAAGAUGGGGAAUUUGAAGAUCAUCACACAAGUGAUGGAAGAACAACAACGACAACAAAAGACACUGCAAUGCUAACAACAUUGUUCCAAUUGUAAAGUAACGAUCUUGAAGUGUGAAUGUAUGAUUAUUCUUGACAUUGGAUGAGACUUUUCUUCAUAAGAUUGUGACAAGAAAAAUGAAAAUGUUUCGGUUUGCGU